AUGACCUGGCAAGAACACAAGGCGGAGGACGGACGAACGUACUACUUCGACCCGGAAACGCAAAACUCGACGUGGGACAAGCCCGAGGAGCUCUUCACGGAGCGCGAAAUCGCCCUCAAACGCACAAACUGGAAGGAAUACACCGCCGAGGGAGGCCGCAAAUACUGGUUCAACACCGAGUCCAAGGAAAGUGUGUGGGUGUUUCCCGCAGAUGCCGAAGCGAUUCUUCAGGGAGAAGCGGCGGCCGAUGAGUCGAUUCCCAAAGAACCCCGAGAGGUGCGAGAACAGCGUGGUCGAGAAAAACGAGAGGAACAUUUACCGUCUCUGAGCUCGAUUGCGCCGGAUAAUGUGCAGCAGCAGUUCAAGGGAGGCAGUUCCGAGGAGAUUGAGGCGUCUUACAAACAGCUGAUGGCCGACAAGGAGGUCGACAGUAGCUGGACGGUUCAGAAGCUGAUGAAAGAGUGUCUUGAAGACCCCCGAUACUGGGCUGUGCGAGACGCUCUGAGACGGCGGGAACUGUUUGAGGAGUUUCUGACCGAGAUUGAGCAGAAGGAGGUCCAGGAGACGUUGGAUAAACGCCUGGAGUACCAGCAGAGAGUCUAUGAUUUGUUUGAACAGUCCAACAAGAUUGGGCCGUAUUCUCGCUGGAUCAGCGUGGAAGAAGAGUUCCGCGACGACCCACUGUUCCACACAGGUCACGUGGACGACCGUAAACUGGCGCUCGCAAAAUAUGUCCGUUUUUUGAACGAACAGGAGCAGAAAAAAACCGCCGAGAUCAAGGCCGCCGGAAAACAAUUUCUCAAGUCCGUGCUGCAAAUCGACAUUGUCAAAUCUACCUGGAACGAUACCCUGAGAGAUAUCAAGUCGAGAUCGGCGGAACUUGCUGCCGAGAGGCCGGAAAUGCGACUGCUCAACAAGAUGGACUUGCUGGACGUCUAUUCAAAGACAAUCGAAGAGAAGGAAGCCGAGUUGGUGGAACAGAUUGAACAGAAAUCCGCCGUCGCUGCCAGACAGGCCAGAAUAGCCCGCCAACAGUUUGUCAAACUGCUCUCCGAACAGGUCGACAAGGGCCAUAUCGUCUACACCACCAAAUGGAAGGAGCUGGUGGACUACAUCAAGGACGAUGUGCGAUUCCAGAACCUGUGUGGAAUCAGACACUCAUCCACACCGCUGGACCUCUUCUGGGACGUGAUUGAGGUCGAAAACAGACGGGUCCGAAACCUGAGGACCAUCGCCCAGGGAUAUCUGACAAGCGAGGGCAAAAAUAUCGACAGCCUGACCCUCGACGAAUUUGGCCACCUGAUCGCAGCGUGCUCGGACUACACCACCAAUCUCGAACAUCCUCGGUACACCCAGCAGGUCUACAAUGCUCUCAAGGACUCGGAUUUCGAAAUCGACCGGUUUGCUUCAGAUCGAAAGCUGCGACGACUUCAGGACGACUUCCGGUACGCCCUGAGAGACAUGGAGCCGGUCAUCCAGGUGUCGGACACGUGGGAUGCGGUAAGAAGAGUGGCCGACCGACUGCCGGAAGCAAAGGGACUCAGUGCGGUGCAGAGAGAAGCGGCGUUCGACAAGUACAUCGCCAGAUUGAGGGACAGGCCGAGAGGAAGAGUGGGUAGAGAUAGAGACGUGAGGGGAGGCGGAGAAAGGGAGCGGGGUGAUAGAGGCGAGAGAGGGGACAAGAGAGGCGUUUCUCUGGAUUAUUAG